AUGGCUGAAGCUGCGCAAGGGAGCAAUGUGCCCACCUUCAAGUUGGUGCUGGUCGGCGAUGGCGGUACUGGCAAGACCACUUUCGUCAAGCGUCAUUUGACUGGUGAAUUUGAGAAGAAGUACAUGGCCACUCUUGGUGUCGAGGUCCACCCUCUGGCCUUUACCACAAACUUCGGCAACAUCCAUGCGGCAUCGAUCAUGUUUGACGUGACGUCCCGUAUCACGUACAAGAACGUGCCCAACUGGCACCGUGACCUCGUCCGCGUUUGCGAAAACAUUCCGAUUGUUCUUUGCGGCAACAAGGUCGAUGUCAAGGAGCGCAAGGUCAAGGCCAAGACCAUCACAUUCCACCGCAAGAAGAACCUGCAAUACUACGAUAUAUCGGCCAAGUCCAACUACAAAUUUGAGAAGCCGUUCCUGUGGCUGGCCCGCAAGCUCGUCGGCAACCCAUCUCUGGACUUUGUCGCUGCCCCGGCUCUUGCCCCCCCCACAGCCCAGGUUGACGAGGCGCUACUGGCUCAGUACCACCAGGAGAUGGUCGAUGCUGCCGGAAUGCCGCUGCCGGAGGAGGACGAUGAUGAUUUGUGA